GGUCAAUGAAGAAUAAAUUUUUUAAAUGAUAAUCUAACCUCAUUAUUUUAAUAUGUUUCAUAUUUCUAUUCCUCCGAUUAUUAAUGUAAAUUUAUACACUAUAACUGUUAUACGAAGGUAUGCUACAACAAAUAGUGGGAAUAUUGCAAAGAAACUUUAUAAACAUCUUUUAAAAGAGUGUCAUAAAUUACCAAAGGGUCCAAAGGAACACUACAUAUUUAUGAUAAAACAAAGUUUUAAGCAGCAUGUAAAUGAAAGUGAUCCAGAACGAAUUAAACAAAUAAUUCAAAGAUCUUACGAAGACUGUGAGUGGAUUUUAAAAAAGUAUCUUGGAAAAUAAAGUAAAAUGUUUACUGUUCCUUUAGUUACCAGUUCUGAAAUUAUUCCCAGAGAAAAAUUUUGGAAUGCCAUUAUGGUGUAUCAUAACAGACCUCAUUUGAUUAAUCGUAGAAUUACUGCAGUCUCUCAAGUUUUAUUUCAUGAAAUUGGAUUUCAUUCUUGUGUUAAGCUACAGGAGUUGAUAAAUAGAUCAAAUAUCUUAUAUGAACUUAGAAAAUUAGAAGAGAUCAAUGUGAAUGUCAUAACAGAGGGUUUUUUAAAAGAACUUAUUGGACCUUAUGAUAAAAAUAUUGAGAUCAAAAAGAAGACAUUAGAAGAAUUUAAUAGAGCUGAUACUGGAGUCUUUGUAUCUGUAAGAAUUUUAUAUCCCAGGCUAAAAAACUGUCCUAAAGCUAUUGAAGUGAUAAUUAUAGAUAAAGCUAGUACAAAAAUCACAUUUUUAAGUGUUACAGAUUCUGAAUCAUCUAUUGCACCAGUGUUUCCUUAUGAAAUAGAAUUAACACAGUCAUCAAUCUUAAAAAUAAAUCUUCAAUCGUUUGAAGAUGCAGAUACAGCCCAAGCAGAAUGGUUGGCUGAGAAACUUUUUACCAAACUAUUAAAAUGGGCUGAGUGUUUAGAUGAAACAAAGGAUAAUGUAAAAUCUUUAUCUUUAGUAAAUGUUGAUGAAUAUUGCCUAACUUAUAGUGCAUUGAAACAAAAAUAUGGCACAAAGUUGGUUCAGGAAUGGCCAAAGAGAUGCAGAACAGUAGCUCAGAAGUAUGUUUUUGAAGACAUUGCUAUUGCAAGUUAUCUUGUUUGUUUGUGGAAAGAAAAAAAUAUUGUGAAAUUUGUAGAUUGUGGAUGUGGUAAUGGGCUUUUAGUUUAUUUAUUAAACGAAGAAGGGUAUGAAGGAUAUGGUUUAGAUAUCAGAAAACGAUCAAUAUGGGACUUUUACCCUGAAACUAUUAAGUUGCAGCUUAAGCCAGUAACACCCUCUUCUGUAUUUCCUGAUGCUACUUGGAUUAUUGGCAAUCAUUCUGAUGAACUUACACCAUGGAUCCCUGUAAUUGCACUGAAAAGUAGCCCACAAACAAACUUUUUUGUUUUACCCUGUUGUCCCUAUGAUUUUAAUGGGGAAAAGUUUGUUCGAGUAGAUUCUUCUAUCAGUGCUUACUCAGAUUACUUGAAAUACAUCGAAGAUAUUUCAGUGAGGUGUGGUUUCAAUGUAAAUAUAGAUAAAUUAAGAAUACCUUCAACAAGGAGAACUUGUAUUAUUGGUUGGAGACAAAACCUAAAUGAUAACAAACAUAAAGAAAUAUUAUCUAGUAUGGAGAUAUAUCUAGGGAAAAAAAUUCCUAAUCAAGUUUCUCAAAGACAAGCUACAGAGAGAGUAAGAAAUUGCACACAACUUGACAAAUCAUUAAUAUCAAAUAUUAUUGAAGCAUGUGUGAAAAAGUUACUUUUAACAGAUAACUGGAUAGUAAAGUCAAAUGGAGACAAGUGGAACAAAGGUGGAUCGUUUCCUCUUCAAGAAUUAGUUAAGACUGUGCCUUCAGAAAAUUUAAAACAACUGAAAAAUGAAUGCGGAGGUCUUCAAACAUUAUUAAGAAAUCACAGAUAUAUAUUUCAGUUAGAGAAUGGUUUAGUUAGUCUAAGAAAACCCUUGAAUAUAAAUGAAAGUUCUAAAUAUAAGGAAAAGGCUUGUUGGUUUAUAAAAAAUCACCCAGAUGGUUGUUUGUAUGAUAUUGUUGAAUGUGGCUACUCUCAUAAAUAAAUAGUUUGAAUAA